UCCAAUCCGCGCUCACUCGCUCUCUCUGCCGCUACAGUGCGCGCGCUGAUGCCGCAGCUCCAGCCUCUCUCUCUCUCUCUCUCUGAGCGAUAAUAACACAGCACAGUCAUGGCGACAGUGACAGUCCAACCGCUCACCCUGGAGCGAGAUGUUGCCAGGGCGAUUGAGCUACUGGAAAAAUUACAGGAGUCAGGUGACGUCCCAGGUCACAAGCUGCAGUCCCUGAAGAAAGUUCUACAGAGCGAGUUCUGCACGGCCAUUAGAGAGGUCUAUCAAUACAUGCAUGAAACGAUAACAGUGAAUGGAUGUCCAGAGUAUCAAGCACGUGCCACAGCUAAGGCAACAGUGGCGGCAUUCGCAGCCAGCGAGGGUCAUUCUCACCCGAGGGUGGUGGAGCUGCCCAAGACGGAGGAGGGGCUUGGCUUCAAUGUGAUGGGUGGAAAAGAGCAGAACUCACCGAUCUACAUCUCCCGCAUCAUCCCUGGGGGCGUGGCUGAGAGGCAUGGUGGUCUUAAGAGAGGUGACCAACUCCUGUCCGUCAAUGGAGUGAGCGUCGAGGGUGAACACCACGAGAAGGCUGUGGAAUUACUGAAAGCAGCCAAGGACAGUGUCAAACUGGUGGUGCGUUACACCCCUAAAGUCCUGGAGGAGAUGGAAGCGAGGUUCGAGAAGCUCCGCACCGCCCGCAGACGCCAGCAGCAGCAGCUGCUCAUGCAGCAACAGCAGCAGCAAAACCUGGCCGCCCAGCAGAACCACAUGUCGUAGGCUCUUCCAAAAGAAGAAAAAGUAGAGGACACUGGGAGAGACUUAAUUUCACAGCCGUGAUGUAAGGAGGUCCAAGAGAUCUCGGAAGAGGACCCUUACUGUUCUCCAGUGAAGACUAUCCUCUUUCAGUCAACUACCUACAACUCAAAAAGGUUGAAAACUCCAUGAUCUGUGUUCCAAAUUGGUGCUUGGAAAAAUGUGGCAUGAUGGGAUAAAGGAAGACUAGCACUGAGUACAUUGUUUUACACUUACUUGUUCAUAUUUCAGUUGUCUGGAACCAAUCACAAGUUGUGACCGACCCUCUUAAAAAGUCCCUCUUGUAGUUUUGUGAUAAAUGUGAUAAAGCAUUCAUCAAUUUUCCAUAUGUUUUUGUUGCCACAGCGUUGUACAGUAACGAAGGGUUCUUUUGGUGCUGGUGUCUCUGUAAAAAGAAAGCGCUUUUUAUGUCAGUCGUCCUUAAUUGGAUAACACUGAGGUAUUUUAUACCAUAUUGUAGCAAGGAAUAUUUUGUAAAGAAAGUAGAUUUAGCAAUAACACUUGUUUUGUCACAUUCUACUGUCAAAGUAUGGGUAAAAAGUGAACUUUAAGCGUAGAAGAUUCAUCUUGCAAGGGUAAAGUUACUACAAAAUUGUAUCUUAUGCACCAUGUGACAUAAGUCAGACUAAACCAUAAACACUGUUUGCACAGAAUGUUCUUUUAAGAUCACUGUAUCACAGUGCCAUUGACAGAGAUUAUUAGAGAAAUUUGGCAUAGGCUGUUGUAUGGCGGGCAUAUUUAAAGGUAAAGUGUGUAAUUAACACCUUAAUAUACAAAUUCAACUAUAAGUAAAAACUGUAAACAUUUCAUCGGUAUAUUGGAACAUUGCACACACUAUUUGUUUGCGCAUCCAACCAAUAGCGAGAGUUUGGGGCUGGACUUCAUGGACUUCAGAAAGGAAGAGUGUUCUGGAAACCUGUUUGAAAGCAGUCCUUAUUUUCACAAUUUUGUUUUGUGGCACAAGUGGCCCAGAAAUUACACACUUCACCUUUAACAGGUCCUGCAUUCAUGACAGCUGUACAGUUUUGAUGCGGUUUUAUGGUUGUGAUGUCACUACUGAAAUUAAAAUCUAAUUUAGACAUAUUCUAUUUAAGUUCAGAUGAUAUUAUGAAAUUAUUUACUAUGAGGACAAACAGAAUGUCAAACUCAGAUACAUGAUAUCUACAAAUGGAGGUAAAUCAUAACAGUAUUUUGUUAUGUUAAAGUUCUAUUUUCAAGUUUAUUAUCUUAGAGGUUUGAAAGAUUAUUUUGUGGUGUUCUGUAAUUAUGUUAUAUUUCACAUAACCGACCACCUCAUUCACUAGAAACAUUGUAACAUUGUCCUGUUUUGACAAUCAAUUUAAAAAGCAAGCGUUAAUCUACUGCAUUUUGUUUUAUUUCCUAACAUUUUUUAUUGCAUUUUUUUUAUUUCACAGCUUCUUUCCCUCAACUCAAGCUGUCAAAAGCUGGCAAAAUGUCUAUCCAUUGCAGUGCUGUAGUCGUACUGUUAGUUGAAGUCUUAUAGAAGCAAAACUGUAAAUCAGCAAGUAGUUGAUGACCACAGUAAUCAAAGGUAAUAUUGUAUCUGUGUUUUUGUAAUUUGGUUUGAUGGUUUUCCUGAUGUAGGACUUUGGUAGAUACUUAAAUUAGUUCCUUUGUUGGUUGGUUUUUGAGUAAUCUCAGACUGUGGGUAACAUGUAAACGUGUCAUCCUAAUAGACAAAAUCACACCAAGUUGAUUUGUUCCUUGAUUGUCAAUCAAUUCAUUUCAAUGGAUUCUCUUCCCUUUUAUAUGUUUACUUACAGACUUUCUUAUUAAUGACUUGCAUUUUUGAGGCUGGACAAGCUGAUCUUAUUAUACAGUGAAAAAAUACCAAGUGAUAUGCAAUUGUUAUACAUAUUAUAUUUGUAUAAAUAAAUAUAUGUGCGUGUG